AUGGCUGAAUAUCACUCUGAGAAAAUAAACAGACUUUGCAGAUUUUGUGGACAAUUGCUAUCAAAGGACACAGUUUUAGUAUCUAAACAUAAAAGCAGAUUAUUAAAAUGCUUUUUUAUUGAUGUUGACCAAGACUCAAAUGAGAUACAUCCAACAAAAAUGUGCCUCAAAUGCUGUUCAAAACUGACACAUAGUGAAAAGAGAACAACAACUUCUGUAAUGCAUGAAAUUCAUUGGCAUCCACACUCUGAAAAUUGUCCUUACUGCUUCGAAAAACUUAAGAGAGGACGUAAAACGAAGAAACACAAAUCAGGCAGGCCAACAGCAAAAAAACCAAUAUGGACACGAAUUUUGUUAAACAUUUUCGAAAACACCAAAGAUGUCGUUCCCCCAGAAUUAACACUGGAACACUUAAACACUAGUCUUAACCCUCAUGUUAGCCUCUGUCGUUGUCAGCUGUGUCACAAUAUUUUGCGAAAACCUGUAACAACAACAUGUGAACACACUUUUUGUUAUAAUUGCUUGGCGCCAAAAAUACUGGGAAAGCAAUAA